AUAUCAACCUCAAUAGGGUGAAAAUUAAUCUCCCAUAGCUCACCAAAAUCACCACCAUCACUUGCUGGCAGAGCCCAGAAAUCCACCGGCUCCAGUUGUAACGCUGAACUGGCACACAAACGACAACACUUUACACCCAUUUAAAUAAAUUUUCUUUAUUUCGUCAUUAUUUCAUUAGUCUGAUUUGAUCUCUGUAGUCUUUGCGCUUGAUUUGUUGUGGGUAUUUAGUAUUUAUCUCGCUAACCCACCGAUCUGGUCCUUGAGAAGAAGCCAUGUUCCUGGUCGACUGGUUCUAUGGCGUCCUUGCCUCUCUGGGCCUGUGGCAGAAGGAGGCCAAGAUUCUGUUUUUGGGCCUCGACAACGCCGGCAAGACCACCCUCCUCCACAUGUUGAAGGAUGAGAGACUAGUGCAGCAUCAGCCGACCCAGCACCCAACUUCGGAGGAAUUGAGCAUUGGGAAGAUUAAAUUCAAGGCUUUUGAUUUGGGUGGCCACCAGAUCGCUCGCAGAGUCUGGAAGGAUUACUAUGCUAAGGUGGAUGCAGUGGUUUACCUGGUUGAUGCAUACGACAAGGAUCGUUUUGCAGAAUCAAAGAAGGAGCUGGAUGCACUCCUUUCAGAUGAGAGCCUGGCAACUGUUCCAUUUCUUGUGCUGGGCAACAAGAUUGACAUCCCCUAUGCUGCUUCAGAAGAUGAGCUGCGAUAUCAUCUAGGACUGACUAACUUCACUACUGGGAAGGGAAAAGUGAAUCUUACGGACACCACUGUCCGCCCCCUAGAGGUUUUCAUGUGCAGUAUCGUCCGCAAGAUGGGGUACGGGGAUGGCUUCAAGUGGGUCUCCCAAUAUAUCAAAUAGAGAGUAGAGUAGGGGGAUCCUUUUUGGCUUAGUAUUUGUGUGGUACUUUUUUCCUGCGAAUUUGUAGUAUCUGACCACAAUUAUAAUGGAAGAGGAUUUUCUUAUUUGAUUUUUAUCA